AUGUGCGGUAUAAUCGCCGUCAUUCAUGCGGAUCCCGCUUCUCCCUCCGCCGCCAUCGAAAUCCACGAUGCUCUCUAUCUGCUCCAACACCGCGGCCAAGACGCUUGUGGCAUCGCGACCUGCGCAUCCGGCGGCCGCAUAUACCAAUGCAAAGGCAACGGCAUGGCCUCGAAGGUCUUCCGCGACGGUUCGCGCAUCGCAGACCUGCCUGGUUUCAUGGGCCUAGGACACCUAAGAUACCCGACGGCCGGCAGUAGCGCAAACGCUGAGGCACAGCCUUUCUACGUCAAUAGUCCCUAUGGCAUCUGCUUUACACACAAUGGAAACCUCAUCAACGCGCCUGAGCUCAGGAAAUACCUAGAUCAGGAGGCACACAGGCACAUCAAUACUGAGAGCGACAGUGAGCUCAUGCUGAACAUCUUCGCCAGCGAGCUGAACGAGACGGGUAAGGCGCGUGUCAACGCGAGCGACUGUUUCGCGGCGCUGGAGAGGAUGUACAAGCGGUGUGUUGGAGGAUGGGCAUGUACCGCGAUGUUGGCAGGAUUCGGUCUUAUCGGUUUCCGCGACUCGUAUGGCAUCCGUCCGAUGGUCCUAGGGUCCAAACCCUCAGACAGCGGCUCCGGCACCGACUACAUGAUGGCCUCUGAAUCGGUGGCGCUGGUUCAGUGCGGCUAUACCGAAUUCCAAGACGUCUUACCCGGCCAGGCCGUCAUCAUCGAGAAGGGCAAAGAGCCCGUCUUUCACCAAGUCCACCCCCAACUCGCCUACGCACCCGACAUCUUCGAAUACGUCUACUUCGCACGCCCGGACACCGUCAUCGACGGCAUCGACGUCGAUGAAAGCCGGCGAAGCAUGGGCUUCAAGCUCGCGGAAACCAUCAAGCGACAACUCGGUCCCGAGGCGCUGGCAGAAGUCGACGUCGUGAUGCCCAUCCCCGAAACCUCCAUCACCUCCGCCCUCUGCGUCGCGCAAUCCCUCCAAAAAGAAUACUGUCAAGGCUUCGUCAAGAACCGCUACAUCUUCCGUACCUUUAUCAUGCCGAACCAGCGGCAGCGCCAAAAAGGCGUCCGCGCAAAACUAAACCCCAUGCGCAAGAAAUUCGAAGGCAGGAACGUCCUCCUCGUCGACGACAGCAUCGUGCGCGGCACCACCUCGGCCGAGAUCGUGAAAAUGGCCAAAGAGGCCGGCGCGAAGAAGGUGUUUUUCACCAGCUGCGCGCCCCCGAUAACUAACGCGCAUAUCUACGGCAUUGAUCUUGCCUCGUCGUCGGAGCUCAUCGCGCACCAUCGCUCGAGCAAGGACAUCGCUACGCUGAUUGGCGCGGACGCGGUGAUCUAUCAGACGCUGCCGGAUCUGAAGGCUGCGUGUGCGGAUCUCUCUCCCAGAGACCCGAAGACGCAGGAGUUUGAGGUCGGGGUUUUCUGCGGGAAGUAUGUCACCCCCGUCGACGACGGAUACUUCGAGCAUCUUGAGCGUGUAAGGGGCGAGACAAGGAAGAUGAAGAUGGUUGAGUCGGCCAAGGAGGCGGUUCUGCAGGGCGUGGCGGGGGAAGAGGAGAUGCGGAUGGCGAUCAAGGGCGUUGAGGUCGAUGGCCAUGGGAACGUCGUGCCGGUUGAUGGAGAAGCGUCACCGGUUUCGGACAGCAAGCAAGUCAACGGGGUCGGCCACGGGGAGGAGCAGAGGACGGAUGGGGAUACGCAGCCCAGGGUGAGGGAGAGCCAGGAUAUUAGCCUGCAUAACUUGAAUGAUUAUCCGGGCGUGGAUGGAUAG